AUGAUGAUCCCUCCAGAUGUGGAUGCACGAGUCACCGAACUGCUGGCCGGUGCUUCCACUGGCGACAAGCUUGUCAACACGGUGCACCAAAUCAUGGUGUUGUUCCGCGAGCAUGGCCUCGUCACUUCGAUGCGAUUGGUGCCUGCAGCUGUUGGGGUGCAUCCCAAGAACAGGGAUGGCACAGGCCUGAACAGUGCAGAUGUGCACACUCUGCUUUCCAACCUACUUGAAGUAGGCUUCGUUGCAGAAAGAACGCACUGUGUCGCGAUCGAGCCUGCGAACGAGCAAGAGCUCGAUUGGAACAAUCAGCUCGUUGGCAGCUGCCAAGGCCUCUUGGGCACCAUGAAGCCACAGACCUUGAAGGCCUUGAGCCUCUGUGGCAGCCAUACGAAUUUCGCACUCCGCAUCGUCGCAGACGGGGCCCCUCACGAGGGCCCCGAGAGCCACAGGGUCACCGUUGGAGGCCACCUCGAUGUGGCACUGGUGGCCAAGGUGGAUGCAGCCCUAGCUGAACACGUCCAGAAGGGGUUGAACUGGGAGGUUUUGUCCUCAUCCAUUGGCCUUCGAUGGCCGGAGCUGCUGCAAAUGAUCCAAGCGGCGGGAAAUGCUACACUCCAAAAGUCGGAGUCCGAGCUGCAAGUCCUGCGAAAGACCUUCCAGUUGAUCGUUGCACAGCAAAAGGCCGGCAUCCCACUGGACUUUAACAUCAUCAAAAAGAAGGCCCUGUCAUCUCGGCCUGCAUGUGGCAGUUCCUUCGCUCACCUGUACCAGUUCGCCCUGAAGUAUUGUGGAGGAGUCGAUGGCAAGUUCUUGGCUGAGACAGAGCAGUAUGUGAGGGCCAGGGGCUCCACGACAGCUCUGGGCGACAAGGUGUGGGAGGCCAUCUGCCACGAAAUCAAAGGCAGCAAGAACCAGGCGGCCUUCUUUCGACACGGCUUGCUGAAAUCGGCUUUGACAGGCAUGCAAAUGAGUGCGACGGAGGUGAAGCGAGUUUUCAGCAAUACCUCCAUGGUUGGCAAGGCACUGAAGGCCGAUGGUCUGAUGUCCGAGCUGCGAGGGUUGGUUGGCUCUCAUGUGAAUCUCCAUGACCAGAACUUCGUCAAUGUGUUCGCUGUGGUGGGGCAUGCAGAGUCGAUCCCAAGUGCAUCGGCAAGCACCGCUAAGCCCGUAGAUCGGUUGGUCGAACUGAAUGCUGAUGGAUCCUUGAAGACCCCAGGGGCCAUUCUGGAGGCCAUGAACAUGAAGGUGGGCUCAUGCAUUCGCCGUCGCAAAGACAAAAUGGAGUGCGAGAUUCUCGCAAUCGACCAUGCUGUGAAGCUGAAGAGUGAAUGGCUCGUUUUCACUCGCAAGGCAGAAGUUCAUGGAAUCGAGGAUCUCGUUCCAUUCGGACCCCGGUCAGUCCACCCGGAGUUCGCAACAGCCAAAACGAUUGCAAUGAUCCACAUGGAAAUCCAUGCUCUGGUUGACACCCAUGACAUGCAUGACACGAUGGCGAAGUUGAAGUUGCACAUUCGCCCCACCAAACUGCUGGCCAAGACGGCUGUGGCCAAGGGCAAGCUCAUGCUGGUGCCCUUCAGCUCGAAAGUGCUUUCCCGAAGCAGCAGCGAGCCAAUGCAGGGAGGUGUCGAGGUAACCUUGAAGAAAGGUUGCCAGGAUCGUCGGUUCUACAUCGCUGCAUCCAACGUGAUGCCGAAAGCAAGCGAGGAGGCCCCGGACGACCUCGUGGGGUUCUUGUCGCCAUUUUUCUUGGUCCAGACUGUAGAGGACGAGACCAAAGCCAACAUGACCAUGGUGCUAUCCGGAACCAAGCAAUCGGAUGUUCGGAUCCCGAUGCUGAAGAACUCGGUGGCUCUGACUGCCGGGCAAGAGUUGCUUGUGCACAAGGAGAAGGCCGCCAGGCAGGAGGACCCGCUGGAGGCGGCCUCACCCGAAAGAUACUUGGAUUCCAAGUAUGGACUUCGCUGCAAAACCUGGGUCCCCAAGCAAAAGGAAGUGAACGACGGCACGUUUCUUGCUCUGUCCAAAUGGGACAGACAAUGCAUCCUCGCCUUCACAGAUAGGGCAUUGGACCUGAGGGCAAACAAGGACGGUGGGAGCUUGAACUCGGAGGUUUGGGCCGAGCUCAUUGCAGCUCGACAAGAGGUCGCCAAUGAUGCCAUCGAGGAGGCUUUCAAGACGGAGGACCAUGAGCAAGAGAAGGGGCACAAGAAAGCCAAGGUACUCAGAGCUUCGUCGAAACACGACUUUAUGGCUCCUCCGAUCCUCACCGUGCACUACAAGGGGCAUGCCUUUCGUGUGCUGUACGAGGGUUUGGGAGGCAACACGUUGUGGGUCGAGGCUAAGGAGGCCAAGGUUAAGAAGGCAGCGAAGUCCCCGAAGAAGCGACGACAGUUGCACAAGGCAUUCACAGGCCACUUCAGGCACUUCGGUAGGAUGGUCAUCCUCAGUGCCUCGAUGGCCGGGGACGACGAGGAGGAGAUGGCCCUGUUCGUGGAGCUUGACCUCCUGGAGAGCUUCCAUCCAAUGAAGAGAGGCUGGCAGUUCUGGAAAGACGGGGACUGGAAGGAGUCCGGGCUUUCCUUGCUGCAGAUCCUGCAGACGGAUGACGAGGUGGAGGAUCUCGAUGCAACGGCCGAGCCGACCAAGCCGAAAGAGAAGUGGGUGCUGAAGGAUAAAGCACGAGUCUCAGUGAAGACGAAGGCGAUGCCCAAGAAGAAGGGUCAGCAUGCUUCUUCUGCCAUGAACUCGGACAAGCCCAUGAUGGACCCGAAGCCCAAGACCAAGCAGCUCAAGGUUAUGCAGGGGAAGGCACCGUGGGCAGGCCAGAAAGGGCCGCUUAAGCGGCCCUUACCUGAGGAGAUGCUGAAGCAAGACGGCAGUGGUCGAGGGAGCUACGUCCGUGGCUUCCUGGACAACGGGGGCCAGUAUUGGGCCCCCGGGUCCGGCCGUGCGAGGGCGAGGACCCGGGGCCGAGGUGGUGCUGGGAAGCAGGCGGCUGGAGAUGGUGGCCACACUCCCAUGGACAACCGCUUGGUGGACGGCCUUCUGCAGUUGGCAGAAACGGUCAACAUUCAGGCACAGGUGCCAUGGAAGAGGCAAGCCCGUGGAUUCCUGAUGGCUGUUCUCGCCACCUCUGUGGGAACAGCUGCAGAUGAGAUGGCUGAAGCGGGCAGCCUGCAAGGCUUUCGUGCUGGUUAA